AUGUCCCCGCCGACGCUCGUGCUCGGCGCCCUCGUCGGCGCGCUCGCGAAGACAUUGGUCGAUCGCGUCGGUGAACGUCGAAGCGUCGGCGAUGACGCGCAAAAAGGUCGAGCGGGCGGUGAUGAAAGUAUUCGUGAUGACAAAGCCGCAGCCGAGACGCCGCGCGUCUCGACGACGGAGACGAGGCGUAAAACGGUGGUGUACAUGGAUGGGUGCUUCGACACGAUGCACUACGGACACGCGAACGCGCUGAGGCAGGCGCGGGCGUGCGGGGACGUGUUGUUGGUGGGCGUGGUGAACGACGCGGAGAUUCGUCGGUGCAAAGGACCGCCGGUGUGCGACGAGGUAGAGCGAUUGGAGAUGGUGCGCGCGUGUAAGUGGGUGGACGAUGUUAUUGAGGACGUACCGUAUGAGGUUACGGAUGAGUUCACGGAUGAGUUGUUCGAGAAGCACGGUGUGGAUUACGUCGUGCACGGCGACGACCCGUGUCUGCUGCCGGACGGGACGGACGCGUACGCGUACCCAAAGAGAAUAGGGAAAUAUAAGGAGAUCAAACGCACGGAGGGGGUGAGCACGACGGAUAUCGUAGGGCGGUUGCUUCGCAUGGGCGCUCGAGCGGCUGGGGAGGAGGUAAAGGAGGAAGAAAAGGAGGCUACGUUUUGUACGACGAGCUCGCGCAUCGCGCAGUUUGGAACGACGCGCGCCAUUCCGGCGGACGCCAAGGUCGUGUACGUCCACGGCGCAUUUGACGUGUUCAACCGUGGUCACAUCGAUCUGUUACGGCGCGCCAAGACGCUCGGGGACUUCGUGCUCGUGGGUGUGCACGCCGACGCCGAGGUUCGAUCGAGACGCGGCGCGGACCAUCCGGUGCUCAACGAAAAGGAGCGCGCACUGAGCGUUUUAGCCUGCCGAUACGCGGAUGAGGUCGUCAUCGGCGCUCCGAUGAAGAUUACGCACGAUUUAUUGACCACGUUCAACGUCGCCGUCGUUGUCGCCGAAGACGAGGACGAAUACUUGAUCGGCGGCGAAGAUGUCAACGCGCUCGCGAUGAAGCGCGGCGUGUUCCGCCGUGUUGAUCGCGAACACGACUGCUCGGUGCUCACCGUGGCGAAGCGAAUCAUGGAAAAUCGCGCCGAGUUCGAGGCUCGCAACGCACGAAAAGUGAAGAGCGAAUCGGCGUACUACGCCCAAAAGGCGCACGUCGCCGAGACGUGA